AUGGGCAUCUGUUUCGUAUGGAACACUUAUUUGCUUGAAAUGUUCUGGACUCCAUCGGGGACUAGGUGUGCAUCUGAGUUAUGUUCGCUCCGUGGAGAUGGAUUCUUGGUCCGAUGCAGAGAUCAAGUCCAUGAAGGUUGGAGGAAAUCAACGUCUUUUAGAUUUUUUUGA